AAGGGGAAGAACCAUUUACCAAUAACAGAACAACACGUUUUGAACUGCUAGUUCCUUUAAAAAUGGCUGCGAAAUGGUUUAGUGGUUACUUUAUCCAAGUAUAUUUUAUAUUUUUCAUCCUAUUAUUAUCACACACGAAGUUCAUAAAUGCUAAAGGAACCAGAUAUGUGACCUGUGGUUCAAUUGUCAAGUUAAUGAAUAUUGAUCAUAACGUACGACUGCAUUCACAUGAUAUAAAAUAUGGAGGAGGUAGUGGACAACAAUCUGUAACAGGCACGGAAGUUAAAGAUGAUGGAAAUUCUUAUUGGCUAGUUAAGGCUGAAACUGGAAAUCACUGUAUACGAGGGAAGCCAUUGAAAUGUGGAGAUAUAAUUCGGUUAGAACAUGUUUCAACUAAAAAAAACUUGCAUUCACAUCAUGUAAGAUCUCCACUAAGCGGAAAACAGGAAGUUUCUGCAUAUGGAAAUAAAGGAGAAGGUGAUAGUGGUGAUCACUGGCUUGUAGUUUGUGAAAAUGAAUUCUGGGAAAGGAAUGAACCUGUGAUGUUAAAACACAUUGACACUGAUGCGUAUUUGGCGGUAAGUGGUAGAACUUACAGCACUCCAAUCAGUGGUCAAAUUGAAGUUGUAGGAGAUUAUUCCGUAUCAGGCAGCCAUGUGCAAUGGCAAUCAGUUGAAGGUCUCUUCAUUCAUCCCAGUGACUUCAAAAGUCAACAUCAUGAACACACAGAAUUGUAAGAUCAAGGAUCUUUUGGUGCAAAGUAACUAGGGUUUAGAAAUACUCUAUACCUAAAAUACCAAAUUAUGAUUUAUGAUUUACAUAUGUUGUAAUUAAGCUAUGCAAAAAGUACAACAUGAUUAGCCACUGAGCAUAUUCUUUAUUUACCCAGAAUGCUCUUAUAAAAAUGUUUUUGUGGAACAUAUUAACAAAUUUGUUUUAUUUAUUCAUUAAAUGAAAUUUAAAAAGAAUCUUUUACUUUAUAUUCAUAAUGACUUGUAAUUGUGAGUUGUGUUCAAGUUUGCAUCUAUUUACAAACUUGCUAAAAUAGAAAUCUUCAAUAAAGCUUGCACUUUCAGCCAAUGAAGCUGCAGUAAACUAAUA